AAGAGUGGAAAUAUCAAAAUUCACAACACCACGCGUUCUUUGAUGCGUCGCGGUCAAACAUUGACAAUUUAACUGCUAAAAGGCUUAAAAAAUCAAUUGUGGUCUUGUCUCUGACCUACUACAAACUUGUGAAAUACACAGCAAAUAAAGCUGAGACAAUGUCCAAAAAGCUGUUUCUAGCUUGUGCUAUACUUGGUAGUUUGGCAGCAGAGGCCAUGAUUUACGUUUAUUCGUGGUACAGAAAGAGAAAGCAGGGAAAGAAGAGACUAGGGGAUGAUGUUCUUCAAAUUUUGUUUUUUCCUGAUCAAAGAAUCCGAUGCAGUGCCCAUUUCAAUGAAAGGAGAGGCUGCAGGAAACUGAACUGUCCAUACUCACAUGAAACAAGUUCCUUGAGUGAAUUGACUCGAUAUCUUAAUGGUGCUCGUGUGUCCAUAGACUUGUGUGUUUUCACAAUAACUUGUCACGAACUUGGUGAUCAUAUCGUCGACCUCCACCGAAGUGGUCUAAAAGUUCGAGUGAUUACAGAUAUUGCACAGAUAGAUGCCUCUGGUUCGCAAAUUGGAAAGUUUCGAGAAGAAGGUAUAAAUGUAAGACACAACCAUAACUCGUACUUCAUGCAUCACAAGUUUGCCAUCAUUGACAACAAGCUGCUGCUGAGUGGUUCCUUCAACUGGACAAGACAGGCAAUUACUGGAAAUCAUGAAAAUGUGCUGAUAACCAACAAUUCGAACACUUUGUCUCCUUAUGUAGAAGAAUUCAAGAGACUAUGGAGACUCUUUGAUCCGACUGAUAAUCUGUAGAUGGACGCUACUAUGGUACUUAAUGAGGCACUUCAAGACUUGUGUUCAGCCAUAGACAUCCUUUAGAACAUAUAUUUAUUUCUAUUCACAAUAUUGUGCUGAUUCUAUUCAAACUAUUGAACUAGACUGACCUGAAGUUUUUUAUGCAAGUCUUCAUUCAUUAUUUUGUUGCUGUUUUACUGUUAGAAGGCAAUUUUUUUACUACUUGCAGCUAAUUGGAUGUUUGCAUCUUGUGUAAUCAUUGGCAUCUACUCAAAGGCUUGAAUGUUUAUAAGCAUUCAAAACUGCCAUGAUGUAAUGUUUCAAAUACAGACCUUUGUUGAAUUCAAGUAUGGCUGAAGGUUGACAUCUGGGUUCACCUGUAAAGACAGCUGGAACAGCCAACUCUGACUGCUGUCACUAAUCAGUGAUUUAAAAUGUAAUAUU